AUAUUCGAAUCAUCAUCUUAUGGGAUCUCUCAAGAGAUGAAGAGAAGGAAGAGGAAGAAGAGGAAGAAGAAAGAAAAAUAUUGGACGAAACCGAAGCAAAAAAAUCAUUAAAUAUUUAUCACUGACGAACGCCAUAUGAACGCUUUCCUCAUCUUUUUCUUUGGUGGGUAAAAAGAAAAAUGGCGGUAUCUCUAACAACAUAGAGACAGAGACAAACAAUUCCUACCCAACAAUCCGUUUUUUUUUUCUGCUCUUUUUCAUACCAACAUUGAAGAACAAUCAGCGACAAGACAACCCCUUUUUUCCUCGUACAAUCUUGAGCUUUGGUUCUUUUUCCACCAUUUUCAGAGGUAAAUUUCAUUAUUGCCUCUGUUUUCUUCUUCCCCAAGCUUUGAUUUGACCACACGGCAGACGCCAUUGAAGUUCAGUGUUCUCCUAUUCUUCUUCUUCUUCUUCUUCUUCUUCUUCUUCUUCCAUGGAUUUCAAUCUUCAGGUCCAUUGGGAAUUUGGGUUGGAUUUACUUUAUGCUAUAACUUCUUUUCUUUAACUCUAUGGAUAUGUGAAGUAAAUUGAUGUUGGGGUUUUUUUGCUGCUGUUGUAAUAUGAUAUUUUCCAUUGAGUGGUCUUGUUUUUGUGCUGUGUUCUUCUUGUUUGAUUGAUUUCCUCAACUGGGUUGGUGUUUGAUUCUGGAAAUCUUGUGAUGGGCGCUUCAAAUUUUGGCGGUUUUAUCUGUUUAUUGGCUUGGUUGUUGUUUCUAUUCUUUUUGAUUCAAUGUGAAGUAUGCUUUGCAAGUAUUCGGAGUUUUGGGGAAAUCUCUCCAGGCUUUCAAGGCUCUCAAAUGAACUGGAUUGAUAACAAUGGGUUGUUUCUUAUGUCAAAUAAUUCUAAAUUUGGAUUUGGGUUUGUGACUACUCAAGACGUUACAAUGUUUUUAUUGGCUGUCAUCCACACAAGCAGCUUAAGAGUAGUUUGGUCUGCAAAUAGAGCAUUUCCUGUUGCUAAUUCUGAUAUGUUUACAUUUGAUGAGAAGGGAAAUGCAAUGUUGAAGAAAGGUUCUGUUGUGGUUUGGUCUACAAAUUCUAGUGAUAAAGGGGUUUCCUCCUUGGAGUUGCAAAACUCGGGAAAUUUGGUUUUACGAGCGAACAAUAGCGACAAUGAAAUAGUUUGGGAGAGUUUUAGCCAUCCAACUGAUACUCUUUUAUCAGGGCAGGAUUUUGUUGAAGGAAUGAGACUUGUGAGUGAUCUUAGCAAUAAUAAUAUGAGUUAUUUCCUUGAAAUGAAGUCUGGUGAUAUGACUCUCUCAGCAGGUUUCCAAUCACCACAGACUUACUGGUCUAUGGCUAAGGAGAAUCGUAAAACCGUUAAUAAAAAUGGCAGGGCAGUCUACUCGGCGACUCUUGAUACGAACUCUUGGAAGUUCUAUGAUCGGAGCAAAGUCCUGCUCUGGCAAUUCAUCUUCUCGAAUGUAGCCAGUGAAAAUGCUACUUGGACAGCAGUUUUAGGAGAUGAUGGUUUUGUGUCUUUUUAUAAUCUUCAAGAUUCUGGUGCGGCUUCAACUACUAGGAUACCUGAAGACUCUUGUAGCACACCGGAGCCGUGUGGUUCGUAUUUUAUAUGUUAUAGUGGGAACAAAUGCCAGUGCCCUUCAGUUCUUAGCACAAAUCCGAGUUGCCAACCUGGGAUUGUCUCUCCUUGUGAUCAAUCGAAUGGAAGUAUAAAGCUUGCAUAUGCAGGGACUGGGGUCAAAUAUUUUGCACUCGAAUUCCUACCAUCCACUUCAACGACCGAUUUAAAUGGUUGCAAAAACUCUUGCAUGAGUAACUGUUCUUGCCGUGCAUUGUUCUUUGAAAGUGGAACAGGGAACUGUUUCUUGUUGGACGACGUAGGUAGCUUUCAAAACUCCAAUGAGGAGUCUGACUUUGUCUCGUACAUCAAGGUCUUGAACGACGGAGGUAUUGGUGACAACAACGGUGGGAGUAGAAAUGUUGGGAUGAACUCUCAUAUUGUUGCGGUCAUCAUUGUUUGCACCGUGUUCAUUAUUUUUGGGCUAGUUUAUUUGGCGUUUUGUUAUUACAGGAGAAAGAAAAAACUGCCAGGAACUCCUCACGAGACUUCCGAGGAUGAUAACUUCUUGGAUGGUUUAACGGGAGCACCCAUUCGUUAUAGCUACGACGAUCUUCAAACUGCAACCAAUAAUUUCUCUAUGAAACUUGGUCAAGGAGGAUUUGGCUCAGUAUAUCAAGGACUUCUACCUGAUGGAACUCGGGUUGCCGUGAAGAAAUUGGAAGCAGUCGGUCAGGGAAAGAAGGAGUUUCGAGCUGAAGUGAGCAUAAUUGGUAGUAUCCAUCAUGUUCACUUGGUCAGGCUCAAGGGCUAUUGUGCUGAAGGAUCACACAAGCUUCUUGCUUAUGAAUACAUGGGAAAUGGGUCUUUAGACAAAUGGAUAUUUAGGAAGAAUAAAGAAGAUUUUUUGUUAGAUUGGAAUACAAGAUUCAAUAUUGCAUUAGGAACAGCUAAAGGACUAGCUUAUCUCCAUGAAGAUUGUGAUGUAAAGAUAAUUCAUUGUGACAUCAAACCUGAAAAUGUGCUUCUUGACGACAAAUUUCUUGCAAAAGUUUCAGAUUUUGGCCUUGCAAAGCUAAUGACACGUGAGCAGAGUCAUGUUUUUACGACACUAAGAGGAACUCGAGGGUAUCUUGCUCCAGAGUGGAUCACAAACUACGCCAUUUCAGAGAAGAGUGAUGUGUAUAGCUACGGUAUGGUGUUGCUCGAGAUAAUUGGUGGAAGAAAAAACUUCGACUCAACAGAAACUUCAGAAAAAUGCCACUUCCCAUCUUAUGCUUUUAAAAUGAUGGAAGAAGGAAAACUUGAAAACAUCCUUGACUCAAAUCUGGUCAUAAAAAAUGGUGAUGAGAGAGUUUUUACAGCCAUUAAAGUUGCACUGUGGUGCAUACAAGAAGAUAUGCACCUCAGGCCACCAAUGACUAGAGUAGUCCAAAUGCUUGAAGGCCUUUGUGACGUUCCUCCGCCUCCAACUUCCUCCCCACUCGGUUCUCGCCUAUUUUCUAGUUUCUUCAAAUCAAUCAGUGAGGGAGGAACCUCUUCAGGGCCAUCGGACUGCAACAGUGAUGCAUAUCUUUCGGCCAUGAAGCUCUCCGGGCCAAGAUGAUAGUUAAUGUCUCUCGAAAAGAUUUUGGCAUAUGAUUCCAUUCCAUUCCACAGAUGAGUUCUCAUAUACUUCUACUUAGCAUCGUAUUCUUGUACAUUAGUUUGUCCUCGAACACUUUUGAAAACAUUAGAAAAUAGAAUACUUUUGUUCGUUGUUA